AUGAUUUCCAAUCACAUCAAUCCCUCCGAGGAAGAACAAAUUGUUUUUUUAGAGCACACAUACGAUAUUUCAAUUACAUCAAGUGACGCUGAUUUAUCCUAUUCAUGUUUAAUGUUUCAACGUUUGAUAGGUUACCUCUCCAAAACCACACAGCACAGUAAGGUUAAAAAGAUACCAGAUAAAAACACCCUCCAACGUAUUUGGAAGGCUAUUCUCUCUUGUCACAAACACCACAUUCAACAAGGAUAUCAACAACUCUCACUGCCCGAUUUGGAAAUUGCCAAUGGCAUUGACAUUUUAACAGAUAUUAUUCCACUCUACUUUGAUGGAGGGAGAAUGACUGAAAUGUUUCCUGGAAUUGAUAUCCAUCACAAAUCCCAAUAUUAUUGUUCAAGAAACGAGAUGCAUAUCGAAGACUUUAAACUCUCCAGAGACGUCAUUGAAAAUUUAGCACGGCCUUAUGGAUCGAGAUUGUUGAGAUUUUUCAGCACUUUUUUCUUUGAACACAUGCUACACUUAUUUCGAGUAUUAGAAAAAGAAUGUGGAAAGAUGGAAUAUCAUCGUGAAGUUGAGAAGUCUACAACAAGAGAUGACUUACGAAAAACAGUCUUUUCAGAGUUUGCAAUGCUCAAAUAUUCCGAUAAUAUUGAGAAUAAGGACAAAAUUUCGACAUCGAUCAAACUUUAUGUUUCCAUGUUGAACGAGGACAGCAACUUUUUCUCAAACAUUCGCUACAAUGUGAAAGACCAGAAGCAUUUGGAAAUGAUAUCAAAAUUGCUUUCAUGCCUUUAUUGUUCUAUGAGAGCUCACACUAGAAAUCAACACCACGAUCUUACACUACUCUUUUCGCAAGAUCAAACACAGUCAAACGAUUUUAUCAAAUAUUGUCUAUUAGAACACUUUUUUGCAUGUUUUGACGAUGAAGCGCGUGUAUGUGCAGUGUUGGAGAGCAUCUUUUCACACUAUACCUCUGUCAAUGGAAAGAGCAUGAGAGGCAUGUUGAGGCAGGUGAAGACCUACAUUUCUUUCAAACAUGUCAGAGGUCAUCCAAAUGCCUAUGGAAUGACACUGUGUUGCCUUCUCGUUCUAUUGAGAUUAAUGACCUCCUCCUACGAACAUCAACAACAGUUUGGAAAAGAUGAGGAAGAACUCUUACUAUUUUCUGAAGAAGAUUAUGAGAGCUGCAAAGCAUUCGUUGCACAUGGUCGUCAACUCUCUCUCUCUUUGGCAUUGCAUGAAUCCAUUCCCAACCAUAAGAAGAGAAAAAGCAAUAACAAAACAAAACAGAACGCCACAGAUUCUAAAAAGAAAAAGUUGGAUACUUUGAAUGAUACAUUAAUUUUGAGUGCCAGCGACAGCAACACAAUACCAAUGAGGCAGAUGAAGAGGAUAUUGUAUUGCGCUGUUCUCCUUCUCGUGGUUCAUCUGUGA